AUGGUAGGCUUCGGGCUCCUCGCCCGGCUUUCUGCCGCAGCUCUUUUGUUUACAUCGUCAUUGGCAUCCCCCCUGCCCCUUGACAAGCGUGUGGCUACGGCAGCAAGCCUUUCCGGCGGCCAGAUUAACAUGGGCGGCGGUACCUACCCUCGCGCCAACUUUUUGCAAGAUGGAUCUAUUCUCGGCACUUACACCGCAAGCACGGGCGGUAACAAGGUCAUCACUGUUGUGCAUUCGACAGACGGUGGCAAUACCUGGAAUCAAAUUGGCACUGUAGCCUCGGCCGAUGCUUCCACUCAUGACCUUGACAACGGUUAUCCUUACCAGCUUCCGUCCGGACGAAUCUUGGUAGCGAUGAGGAACCAUGACGGGACCAGCAAAAUUGGGUACAGCUACUUCCGUAUCACGAUAUGCUACUCCGACGAUGGCGGCAAGACCUGGACAUACCUGAGCACGCCGGCGUCGGACCCCGGCCCAACUAACGGUAACUGGGAACCGUUCCUCCGUAUGGCUGAAGACAACACCACGCUUCAACUCUACUAUUCUCGAGAGAACUCGGCCAUCGACCAGGACAGUCUCCUGCGGACAUCCACCGAUGGUGGCGCUACCUGGAGCUCCGCUACGGUUAUUUCUGGCGCUGAAACAACCAACACUCGUGAUGGCAUGCUUGGCGUUACCCCGGUCAGCGGCAGCAACCUGAUCGCGGUUUUCGAAUCCGUCCCUGCAGGUGGCAACUUCGCCAUCCACUCAGUCACCAGCUCGGACGGUGGUAAGACAUGGGGUAACCGGCAAACCGUGUACGCCCCACCUAAUGGCUUCAAUGCGCAAGCACCUCAGGUCGUCAACGUCGGGGGCACCCUUGUCGCCAGCUUCCAGACCGACGAAGACCUUUCCAGCUCGGACCAACAGAACGAGGCCGGCAAGAUCGUAACCAGCGGCGAUGGCGGCGCUACCUGGGGAAACAAGUUGACCUAUUCCCAAGCCGUCAGCAACUGGGGUGGUCUCUUGACGCUCGAUAGCUCCAGCCUUUUCGGUAUGAUUGACCACUCGGGGUCAAAGGCGCAAAAGAUUACUCUCUCUUGA